CCUUCGCUCGCUGCUGUCUCGGUGGACCCCGCAGGCAGAGGGCUCCAGGAUGCCAAGCUAUACUCCCUCCUGCGGCUGUAGCCGUGGCACCAGCGUGGAGGGCGGCAAGUGGUAUGGGGUCCGCUCCUAUCUGAAUCUCUUCUAUGAGGAUUGCGCAGGGACUGCCCUCAGUGAUGACCCCGAGGGACCCCCAGUCCUGUGUCCCCGCCGACCCUGGCCCUCGCUGUGCUGGAAGAUCAGCCUGUCCUCGGGGACCCUGCUUCUGCUGCUGGGCGUAGCUGCCCUGAUAACGGGCUAUGCUGUGCCCCCCAAGCUGGAGAGCGUUGGCUUCAGUGAGGCCCCCAUCCUGGACCAGCGUGCAGCCGACUACAACCAGGCCCUGGGCACCUGCCGCCUGGCAGGGACUGCGCUAUGUGUGGCAGCUGGCAUUCUGCUGGCUAUCUGCCUCUUCUGGGCUGUGACGGGCUGGCUGAGCCAGGACACCAAGGCAGAGCUCUUGGACGCCGAGGCCGACAGCCCUGGGGAGGUCUUCAAGGACCAGCCAGAGCAGUUUGAGCCUGUCUUCCGCGAUGGGGGUGGCCAGUCGUGGUUCUCAACACCCACCGGCCACUCAGGACAGCCAGUGCAGACCACCCAGCCCACACGGGACUUGUGAGCUGCCCAGGGUCCCUCAUCAUCCUCCCUACCAUCCCUCCCCCUCCCAGCAUCUCCCAACCCCUCCCUGUUGGCAGGCCUCCACUCAAACCCCUGGAAGACCCAAAUCCUGGUCAAGUUUGGGCCUCAAAUCCCUGCGUGCU